GCUGUACGGCAAUAGGGGGAACGGAUUUUCUUUGCUUCGAGUUCGCAAGCAAAGAUGUUGCCUUCCCUUCAGGAGUCCGUAGACGGAGAUGAGAGAGAGCUGGAGAGCAGCGAGGAGGGAGGCGGCUUGCCCGAGGAACCGAAACCGGAGCGUAGCAGCAACAGUUACCACUGCUUGUACGGCUACCGAGGCUCCGGAUUACACCAAGGAACAAGCAGUGAUGUUGGGAGUCCAAGCAAAUCGUCAGCUGAAACACCUUCAGAUGACUUCAGCCUUUCAUUGGUGGACACUAAUUUACCAGCUGAAGCUGAGAUGGAAUUGCGCAGUUUGGUUGCCAAGCAUCUUAACAAAGGAGCUUUGUUUGAGGGGAUGGGCAAUGUUGUAACUGUCGAGUUGAGUAUUCCAGAAACUCGAGUUGGUUGUUAUUACUGCCUGUUCCAGCCAGAAAAAUGUGCAGAAGGAGCUGAUCCUGAAUCGAAGGAGAGUCCCUUGGAGUACGUUAUCUGUUUUUUGGGAGGCUCAGAGAAGGGACUUGAACUAUUCAGACUUGAGCUUGAUGGAUACAUUCAAGAUAUGAAGACUUAUUUAGAUUCAAAGCAAAGCAACCUGGAGACCAGCAUUCAACCGCUCCUGAGAACUUGGUUUGAGGAUUUGGUGUGCCCUAUUCAGAGGGUGGUGAAGCUUUUCCAGGAGAAACUUGCCUUUGUGUUACAUGCUGCUCUGAGUUGCAGUCCUGUUGAAGUGAAUGGAUCUGAAGAAAAGACAGAGAAGGAUAUCAACAGGUUCCUUCGAGCAGCAAGUUUUCAAGAUCUGGUCAGGGAGACUAUGAUGACUUCCUCGUGCACAGCUGCAGCAACAGAGGAGCAGUGCAAAUCAGUGGUGAUUGACUUGAAUGGGCCACAGCUUUGCUUCCACAGCGCGGGAACGAAUAAGUUCUGUGAGGAUUGGACACAAGCAUUUCUGAACGUUUCUGAAGGGGGCAAUCCCUUCCUUUUUCGACAAAUACUGGAAAACUUUAAAUUGAAG